CACCUAUAUAGUUUUAUUAUGAUCAACGAUUUUGUUGUUGUUGUAUCUAACCUCUUUUAGAAAAAUUGAAAUUUAUUUAUUUUGAUUUAAUUAAGUUAAAAAAUGGCAUCGACUAGAGAAAGACGAGCAAAUGCCGGUAAUAAAAUGGCUAAACUAUUAAAUGAAGAAGAAGAAGAUGAUUUUUAUAAAACAACUUAUGGUGGCUUUGAUGAAGUUGAACAAGAUCAUGAUUAUAUGGAAGAGGACGAAGGUGAAGAUGAAGUAGAUUCUGACUUUAGUAUAGAUGAAAAUGAUGAACCAGUUUCUGAUACAGAACAAGAAGGUCCUAAGAAAAAACGAAGAUUGAUAACAAAAGCUUAUAAAGAACCUAAAAUCGUUACAACUCAAUCGGCUACACGUUUAAAAGAGAAAAAAAUAAGACGCCAAAAACAUGAUAAAAUUCUUCUAGACAGUACUGAAAGAAAAUCUAUACGUCGUUCAACUGCUGCAAAGUCAGCAGCAACUCAAAAGCGUUUACUAGAAAGAAAUGAGGACCAAAAGAAGAAAACAAAAGUAAUAAGACAUGAAACUUGGAAGCCUACGCAAGAAGAAUUACUUGAAGAAGCAUUGCAAACAGAGCAAAUUAAUAUGAAAUCCUUAGAGAAGUACCAAAAAUUAGAAAAUGAGAAAAAAAACACAAGAGCUGUUAGAAAAGCACACAUAGGUCCAAUGAUCAGAUAUCAUUCAAUGUCGAUGCCUAUAAUGGUCAUUACUGAACCAAUGGAAAAAGAAGAUGAUAAAAUUAAUGUAGAAGAAGGAGACGAUGACAAAAAUGUAAUUGCCAGUUCUGAUAGAGUUUCUGAUGUAUCUGGCUUAGGAGAUUGCACAGUGACUGAUUGUGAUAUAGAAUUUAACUCGAAAAAUAAAUUGGAUAAUAUUAGAAAAAACAAUAUAAAUCUUCAGUGUGAAGUAACAGGAACAUUUUACGAACGAACGUUUAUUACAUUUGAAAAUGAACAAUUAUUAUUAGAAACAUUUAAAAAAACUGCCCCACAAAAGCCAGCAACAAAAGCUUUAUGUGCUAUAACAAGGCUUCCUGCAAAAUACUUAGAUCCUAUGACACAGUUGCCAUAUAAAAAUGUACAAACAUUACGCCUACUUCGUGAAGCGUACUAUCGUCAGUUAGAAGCCCGUAGCGAUGUCAAUGAUAGUUCGCUAAGUCCAGAAUUAUUACGAUGGCUCGAAUGGAGACAAAAAAAUUGUGGUACAAAUUAUAGAAGCACUAUACGCCUUGAACCAGCAAGUAUUUCUACAACUUCAUAAUAUAUUUAAUUAUUUAAUAAAUAGUAGAUAAUAGGGAAAAAAUUAAUAUUAUCACUUUUGUAGUUAAUUGUUAAUUCAGAUACUCUCGUUACAAAAUUGCUUGAUUUUUAAAUAUAAUAUCAUUAGAUUACACAGUUGUUAAUUAAAAUAAGUUGUUUAAAUAUUAGGAAUAAGUUAUACAUAGUUAAAUUUCUUUACAAAAAUUUAUUUAUUUUAGUUAUC